AUGCUGGCUUCUCGCUCCACCGUCCACCUCCUUCUGCUCACCUGGUUUCCUUUCUUCACUCUCAUCUUUUCCGCACCUGCGCCUCCAAUUGUGCCCGAAUUGGCAGAAGCCGUCUCCCAGCCCGUGAUCAGAGCCUACCGCAACGCCGACCAUUGGCUUGUAAGACCAGAGUCCCUGCCCUCCCUCGACAUGCUUCCUUCCUCGCCCACAGCCGCAUCUGUCCUCGAGCGUGUUCGCAGCUUCGGUCGCUCACCCGCGAGAACCGUAGUGACACCCGACGGCAACGUCAAGAUGAUCAAUGAAGGCUCCAGUCCCCGCCUCUUCCGUUUCGGUACCAAAGACAGAAUCUACAUUGUGCAGCCCGGUACCAGAGAAACCAUACAGGCAGACGAGUUGACUCAUCAACAGUAUCACGCUUUGACCGUUUCACGGAUCCCCAAGCACACUCCGAUCGUAUACGAUGAUGUCUCUGGAGGCAGAUUUGCAAAGUGA